GCUGAUAGCGCUUUUGCUCCGAACUCCGAGGCCUCCGAGUCUUCGCGUUAUCAAAAUACUUGCAAACGAAGACCGGCUGGCAUAUAUUUAUUAAUCGCAAUUCUAAUUUUUUGCAUUUUUAUACGUAUCCAGAUAAACACAAUUGAAAAAGAAUGACUGCUUUCGAAGAAAUGGGUGUUUUGCCGGAAAUAGCAAGAGCGGUUGACGAGAUGGAUUGGACAUUACCAACAGACGUUCAAGCCGAAGCUAUCCCGUUGAUUCUGGGUGGCGGUGAUGUACUUAUGGCUGCAGAAACUGGUAGUGGAAAAACUGGUGCUUUCUGUUUGCCUAUUUUGCAAAUAGUUUGGGAGACUCUUAAAGAUUUGGAGUCUGGAAAAGGAGCCGGAACUGCAGUAGUUCAACAACCGACACAUUGGGGACUGAGCCUCUUUGAUAGAGGAAAAGCCAUGGCAGUAACGCUAGAUGGUUUAAGAUGCCAGAGUAGAGAACAAAAAGAAUGGCAUGGUUGUCGCACAAAUAAAGGAGUGUCAGGAAGUGGCAAAUAUUUUUUCGAAGCAACUGUUACUGACGAAGGUUUGUGUCGAGUAGGCUGGUCUACGUCCGAGGCUGCCUUAGAUUUGGGAACGGAUAAAUUUGGUUAUGGAUUUGGUGGUACCGGAAAGAAAUCAAAUGCGAAGCAAUUUGACAAUUAUGGAGAGGCUUUUGGAAUGCACGACGUGAUCGGAUGUUUCCUCGAUUUGGCAAAGGGCGAAAUAAAAUUUACCAAGAACGGCGUGGAUUUGGGUGUCGCAUUUACAUUAAAUGCGCAGCAAAGAUCCCAGACUUAUUACCCAGCUGUCGUGCUAAAAAAUGCCGAGAUGGCCUUCAAUUUUGGAGCGCAAUCGUUUAAGCAUCCGCCUCCAAAUGAUUAUGUGGCUGUAUCGUCGGCUCCAAAAGAAUUUGUCAAGAACAAUAUCGUUAACAGCAAUCAGAGUUCGUCUAACGAAAGCGGUAAACCGAGAAAUAACGCGCCUCAGGCGAUCAUUAUAGAGCCUUCUCGCGAAUUAGCUGAACAAACUUACAAUCAAAUUCAGAAAUUUAAAACACAUUUAAAGGAUCCAACGAUCAGAGAAUUGCUUGUUAUUGGUGGAGUAAGCGUGAAAGAACAGAUCGCUACUUUGAAUUCUGGCGUGGAUCUAGUAGUUGGGACCCCCGGACGAUUGGAGGACCUCAUACAAGGCGGUUAUUUGUUAUUAACACACUGCAGGUUUUUUGUGCUGGACGAAGCUGAUGGUCUAUUAAAACAGGGUUACACCGAACUUAUCGAUCGUUUGCACAGACAAAUCCCGAAAAUUACGUCUGACGGCAAAAGAUUGCAGAUGAUCGUGUGCUCGGCGACGUUACACGCAUUCGAAGUUAAAAAGAUGGCCGAACGUUUGAUGCAUUUCCCAACUUGGGUUGAUUUGAAGGGCGAAGAUGCGGUACCAGAGACCGUACAUCAUAUCGUAGUGAUGGUAGAUCCACAGAAGGAUAAAUCAUGGCGUAACUUGAGGAAUUACAUCGAGACUGACGGCGUGCACGCAAGAGACGAGAUGAAUAGAACAAAUGAUAUUGCCUGCUCCUUAUCAGAGGCUGUGAAGAUACUGAAGGGAGAGUACUGCAUACGCGCUAUCAAAGAACAUAAAAUGGACCGGGCAUUGAUAUUCUGCAGAACAAAACUCGAUUGCGAUAAUCUCGAGAGAUAUCUAAAGAAGUCCGGCGGACAGCAGUUCUCGUGCGUAUGUCUGCACGGAGACAGGAAGCCCGCGGAACGUAAGGCUAAUUUGGAAAAGUUUAAACGGCAAGAGGUAAAAUUUUUGAUCUGCACCGACGUAGCCGCUAGAGGAUUGGAUAUCACCGGUUUGCCUUUUAUGAUAAAUGUGACUCUGCCCGACGAGAAAUCUAAUUAUGUGCAUCGCAUUGGAAGAGUUGGUAGAGCUGAAAGGAUGGGCCUGGCCAUCUCUUUAGUCAGUAGUGUCCCAGAAAAAGUGUGGUAUCACGGCGAAUGGUGUCCAUCUCGUGGAAGAAAUUGCAGCAACACCAGCCUGACCGAUCAAGGUGGCUGUUGUACCUGGUAUAAUGAACCUCGGUACUUGGCAGAUAUUGAGGAUCAUUUGAACGUGACGAUUCAACAAGUCGGUUCGGACAUAAAAGUGCCAAUGAACGAGUUUGAUGGAAAAGUUACGUAUGGUGAAAAAAGAAUGGCGAUGGGCUCUGAUUAUAAAAAUCAUGUCCAACAAAUGGCUCCUAUUGUGGCCGAGUUAGCUGCGUUGGAAUCUAGAGCGCAGAUUACGUUUUUAAACACGCAUAUAACGGAGCGUUAAAUACGAAAUACUCAAUUGAGGAUAUUUAACGAUUGAACUUCUAAUCGAAUCUCACAAUUCUAGUAAUGAUAAUAAUAAUUGGUGUCCUAUUCUAAUAAUAAAUAUUAAAGAAAAUUAAUUAAUGUUAUAAUGUUUUAACAUUAUUUAACUACCAUUGCUAUUCUGUUUCUUUCUGUAAACUUGUAAACGUUUCUGAAGCUUCUUUCACAUUUAUAAAAUAUCAUGGCAUGUUGUAUAAUAAAAAUAAAAAUAUAGCAGAAAAAUGAAA